CGGCCUGAGAUAAUCUCAGAACGAUGGUGCGCUAUUCUCUCGACCCGGAGAACCCCACAAAAUCAUGCAAAGCACGGGGCUCAAAUCUUCGGGUGCACUUUAAGAACACUCGUGAAACUGCUCAAGCUAUUAAAGGAAUGCAUAUCCGUAAAGCCUCCAAAUAUCUGAAAGACGUCACCCUGAAGAAGCAGUGCGUUCCUUUCCGCCGCUACAAUGGUGGUGUUGGAAGGUGUGCCCAGGCUAAGCAGUGGGACUGGACACAGGGACGAUGGCCAAAAAAGAGCGCAAACUUCCUCCUGCACAUGCUGAAAAAUGCCGAAAGCAAUGCAGAGGUUAAGGGUUUGGAUGUUGAUUCCUUGGUCAUUGAGCACAUCCAGGUGAAUAAGGCCCCCAAGAUGCGCAGACGUACCUACCGCGCUCAUGGUCGCAUCAACCCCUACAUGAGCUCCCCGUGUCACAUCGAAAUGAUCCUUACUGAGAAGGAACAGAUUGUCCCCAAACCUGAGGAGGAAGUUGCUCAAAAGAAAAAGAUCUCUCAGAAGAAGCUGAAAAAGCAGAAACUUAUGGCUCGGGAAUAAAAUACCUGUACAGAAAUAAAGCUCCCAAAAA